AUGGCUCCAGAAGCAACAACACGGGGAAGAAGGAAUCGAGUUUCACCUUCCACACCAGAGAUCAUCGACCUCGACUCUUUCCGCUCAUACGGCAAGCGAACCAUAGACGAAGACAUUAAGAUCCUUAAAUUCACUCCUGAGAACAUUCCUCUAAGAAAACGUAAGAGAAAUUUCGAAAGAGGAGAGUCUUCAAAUUCAAGUAACAUUCCAUUUGUUUGCGAAAUUUGCACGGAAACUAAAAUAAUGAAGGAAGCUUUCUAUAUCAGCGGCUGCUCUCACGCAUAUUGCUCUGAUUGCGUUGCAAAUUACAUUGGUUCCAAGCUUGAAGAUAACGUCAUCAACAUCUCAUGUCCAGUUCCCGAAUGCAAAGGUUCUUUGGAAGCACAGUUUUGUCGGAAUAUUCUUCCGGCCGAGGUUUUUGAAAAGUGGAGUAAAGCAUUGUGUGAGGCUCUGAACAAUGUUUCGCAAAAAUUCUAUUGUUCGUUUCUAGAUUGUUCUGCUAUUUUGAUCAAUGAUGAAACCAAGGCUUUUAGAAAUUCUGAAUGCCCUAACUGUAAUAGGAUGUUCAAUGCACAAUGUAAGAUUCCUUGGCAUGAUGGGAUCAAAUGCAGCAAGUUCCAGGGAGAAAAAAGAUAG